AUGGAAGGUUGUCUUUCUAUUUUGCUCAUCGCUGUCACCCUAUGUGGUGUACAAUGCAUGCCCAAUCCAUUGGCUAUGGCCUUGUUUGGCCAAGGUGCUCAGCAAAGCUCACCUGAUGGACAUGGAGACGGUUUGUUUGGUGGUCCUAGUGGGGGUCUUGCUAAUCUGCCCCCAAUUAUCAAGGCUGCUGUCGCUAGUAGACUCUCUGGUCAGUCUGGAUAUGGCUCAUUUGCUGGUGGAGCUGCUGGUGGAAUAGAACUGCCAUCAAUGGAGUGUGAGGAUGGAACAUACGAAUGCGGUAGAAGCAUGACUGAACAAGUCUUCGUCGGUGGAGAUGGACGCCCACAGUUUCAAGGUGGACCAAUGCGAAACAUGAUUGACAAAGCUCCCAUCUUUUGUCAUCCGGGUUCAGAAAAUUGCGGUGUUCACGUUAAUUACCAUGUGUACCUGAACCCAAAACCCAUGGGCGGUAUCUGGGAAAGAGAGCUUGGUGAAGCCAAAGUUCUUAGAGCAAGACGAGGACCACCUGUUGUUUGUGCUCCUGGUAGUGACUGUGGCGGGCGCUCACAGAUUAUUGUUCACAAUCAAGAUGCUAGCGAAAUCAGAAGAGCGUCACAAGAGAGAUCCUCUACAUACACUUUUGUAAUACACGGUGCCAGCGUUGAGACUUUUGACCCGAUUGAAGGUAAAAUUGAUAUGGGAUUUCACAAAGAUUUGGUCGAUGAAGUCUGUAAAGCCGCGAAUAAGAAAUGUGUUGGAUUUUACGAUGCAGCUGAAAACUGCUUCUCACAUGGUACAGAGGCCGGACCGCAUCCAGGACCAGGGUUGCUUAAUGGCUGGUUCGACGGCUGCUUGGCAUGGGCCGACACACCUUUCCGUAACUUAACAGUAGACUUCACCGAACCAUAUUUCGAUGUCAGAGCGACUGAAGCACGGUUUUAUGUCGCCGAAGGUAAUCCAAAAAGCUUUGAUCCCACAAAUUUUAAAGAUGCUAGCCUGGGUAUUCUCACUGCAUGGGCUCAUGAAUAUCGCUGCUUGCGAACUAGCCAUCCAGGAAUCUUCCACGAUAUGACGAGAGAGCACAUCAAGAUGGCGAGCACAAAAAUGGAACUGCGUCGCAUGAUAGUUGCUGGUGAGGUCGAUGCUGGUUUUGCCAAUGAGGUUAUAAUGGACAGAAUCAACGAGGCAGGUGGGCUUGAGAAGGUUGGAGAUCCAUUCGCGUGUGCAUCAAAUCCACUUACCGGAAAAACCACUAUGCAUGUUAUGACUCGUAAAGGAAGUGACGUACCAGAAUGGUGGAACAAAGCAUUCCAUACUAUCAAAGAAAAUGGAAAAUAUUACAAAUUGUGCCGUGAUAUUCAACAAAGAACUGGCCGGAUACCAGGCUGCGUCGAUUAGACUCCGGUAUUGUUUUUAACUUUAGUACAAAUGUACAUCUUUUAAAACACAACAGUACAGUUUGCGAUUUUUUUUACAGCGUUCAUUAAAUGCUUACAUCAUAAUUAAGUUUGUGUGUAAUUCUAUUAUUUAAUAAAAGAUUGUUAUCUUAUAA